AAGUUUAAGCUUCCACUACAUGGAAAAGUCAGCAGCAGCGGGGCCGGGCUUUGCAGAAAGGUGUGGGGAGUGUGUCAAGACUGGGAAGCCGUGGUUCAGGCGCAGCGGCUGAGCUGGCGCAGGCAGCAGGAGCUGGAGGAUUAUUAUUAAAUCACGCAGCUCGACUCCUGGCCCCUGGGAGUGGACAGAGGGACCCCCACAGCCGAGCAGGGGCGGGAGGACACAGGAAAGGGGGGGUCCUGGAAGGACACCCCGAAGACACCCACCGAUCCCUAAGUGCCGGGGAGGAGCCCUCACCGGCGGCGCCAGCCCUCCAGGCUGCUAAGUUGGCUGUCCCCACGCAAGCUGGCGAGUCCCGAUGGGGGACUCUGGAUCCCGGCGCUCCACGCUGGUUUCCCGGUUGCCGAUCUUCCGCAAGAGCAUCAGCCGAAGACAUGACUCCCUGCCUUCGUCUCCCUCCUCCGGCACCCCGGCGGGCGCGCACAGCUCGUCCCCGUCCAGCACCCACUCGAGCUCGGGCAGCACCGGCAAGCGCAGGAGCCUGUUCCGCACCCCGUCCAUCAGCUUCCACCACAAGAAGGCCAGCGGGCCCAAGCCCGCCCCCGCCGCCGCCGCCGCCCCCACCCCGGGCCUCGCGGUCACCUCCAACGGGGCUGCCCCGCCGCCGGCCCCGGGCCCCCUGCAGACACUGAGCUGCUGCGAGGACCCCACGAAGGGCAGGGGCUCGCGAGGCGCGGGGGGCGCGGGGAGCUCCCGCCACAAGAAGAUCAGCAGAUCGCUCACCGAGGACUUCGACAGGGACAAAGAGCCGUCCAGCAAUAAGAACGUCUUCAUCAACUGUCUCAGCGCGGGCAAAAGCGAGGGCGAGGACUCGGGGUUCACGGAGGAGCACCCCCCCCGUCCUGCCAAGCAGCCCACCAGGAAGCUCCUUCCCAAGUCCUUUUCCUCCCACUACAAGUUCUCCAAGCCGGGCGCCCAGCAUCCACCCCUGGCCUUGGCCCCGAGGUCGGAUUUCUCCCUGGAAAUCGCCCAGCCCCAGGAGCCCGGGCCGGGCUGGGCCAGGGCCCCGGGCAGCUCCCCGGCCUCCCCGCUGCUCUCGGCCGACCCCACCACCGCGCAGACGCCUUCCGAGUUCUGCACCUUCACCGAGGACUCGGUGUCCGAGGCCGAUGCGUUCCCCCAGAGUGGCAGCGGGGCGGCCCACGGUGACCAGGGUGCUCCCCAGGAUUCUACCUCUCCCCUCUCCUCCAGCCCUGCUGCUGCUGCUGCUGCUGCUCCGAGGACCGAUGUAGCCCUGCAGGACGCGGGGCCCUGGGCAGCCCCGUCGCCAGGGAAACUCAGGUUAGAAGAAGAAGGUCGAGGGGGCCCGGACCCUCAGCCUUCGCCAGACACCUGUGCUGCUGCUAUGGCGAAAGAAGCGCUCCUCAUGCAGAAGGGGGGACGGUCCGAGUCCCCCCCACCUGCCCAGGGGCACAGGGAAGCAAAGGCGGUGGUGCAAAAUGGGGAACCGCUGCUAAGGACCAGCUCCCCCAAGCCCCUGGGCUGGUGUGAGCCGCAGAAAGGGACAGCAGAACCGGGGGGGCGCUCCCAUCCGGUGUCAGACUCCAAGGUCAUUCCUGCUUCCAGGGACCAGCCAGCCCGGAACCGAACACCCAGUGGGAACGAAGCCCAUCCUUCCAAAGCUCUGGCCAGCAGCCUCAGUCCGCACCGCGAAGGGAGAUUCAUGGAGCGGAGGCUGCGGUCUUCGUCGGAAGGAACGGCCGGGGGGAGCAGGAUGAUUGUGAAGCCCAAAGAUGGAAAGGCAGAGGAAGCCAGCAGCUUAAGAAAGCAGAGAGCGAGCUCCUCCUCCUCCAAAAUGAACAGUCUGGAUGUUUUAAAUAACUUGGGGUCGUGUGAGCUCGAUGAAGAUGACCUGAUGCUCGAUUUAGAGUUUUUGGAGGAGCAGAAUCUUCACCCCUCUGUGUGCCAGGAGGAUUCCUACCACUCUGUUCUUAUGUCAUGUGCUGCUGUGGGUCUCACACCAAUGGAGCCCAUGACGGAAGUGAUGAAAAGAGAAGAACCAAAACUUCCUGAGCCUUCCAAACAGAGCCUUUCCCUGAAAUUAACAAAGGACGUGGAUCAGGAGUUGAGGUGUUCUCACAUGGGUCGGAUACCAAGCAGUCCUUCUGUGGACCGGCCUGUACCAAGCGUGGAAGAGAAUGGAGGCAUAGACUCUUUGCCAUUCAGGCUGAUGCUGCAGGACUGCACCGCAGUGAAGACCUUAUUACUAAAGAUGAAGAGAGUUCUUCAAGAGAGUGCAGAGCUGAGCCCAGCGAGCAGCAUGAUGUCCCUUCCUGUCAGUCCUCUUACGGAAGAGCCAGUGCCUUUCAAGGAUAUCAUGAAAGAUGAAUGCUCCGUGCUCAAGUUACAGCUGAAAGAGAGGGAUGAACUCAUUUCCCAACUUCAAGAAGAGCUGGAAAAAGUCCAGCAUUUACAGAAGGCAUUUGCUUCAAGGGUGGAUAAAUCCACACAGACUGAACUUCUAGGCUGUGAUGGUUUAAACUUGAAAAGACUGGAGGCCGUACAAGGAGGCAGAGAGGCUACAUACCGAAAUCGAACUGUGAGCCAAAGUCUCAACACAAAGGACAGAAAAGCAGCGCAUACUCCCACCGAGGACCGUUUUAGAUACCCCACCACUGAGCAGCCCAGCCCCUGCAAAACGGCCUGCCAACUCUCAAGUCUGUAUUUCAGUAAUUUCUUGAAGGAAAAGGAACUAGCAGAAGUGAUCAAACAUUCGAGGGGAACUUAUGAGACCCUGCCAGCUGAGGUCACACAGAACGUACGGGCCACUCUUGGACAGAGCUCAAACAGUCUCAAGCCAGCAGCAAAGCCAGAAGGGUUCUCCACAUUCUCAGAGAAACCAAAGGACCAGGCUCCGCUGGUCCCCCAACAUUCGACCUUUACCGGCAGAUUUGGCCAGCCACCCCGAGGGCCCAUCUCCUUACACAUGUACAGCAGGAAGAAUGUUUUUCUCCAUCACAGUUUACACUCCACUGAGCUCCAGACUCUAGGCCAGCAGGAUGGGUGAGGAAACCGAUUACUGAGUCAAAAAAGAGAUGGUUCCUGACUAUUGUGCAUAGUUCAUACCCAUGUUCAUGUAGUUUUUCCUUCCUCCUGAUUUUAGUCAUCAGCAAAGACUUCUGAGCUUUUUCAAAGUUAUUUAUUUUAAGAAAGAGGGUUAGAGCAUGUUAGUUGAAAUAGGUUGAAUUGCCUUGAAAAAAUUAUUACUCUCUCUAUAUAUAUAUCUUAAGUGGGACCACCUUGCUGGCUUAUAUAGUUCAUAAGUUAUUUAUCUUUUGUCUUUAUCCAUUAUUGAUAGGCAUUGAAGUUUUGGAAGGUAAUAUCAAAUAGCACUGUGUUUAACUCUGUCGAUGGUGUUACUGUAUAAAAUUGGUAUGAGAAACCCAAAGGUGAAGGGAUUGUAAAGAACUUUAAAUGGCAUAGUUAAUAGAAGGAGAAAAACAAUGUUAAAAUCGUCUGUUGGGGGGCAUAUUUAAUAGAGGAAUGAAGCUUGUGUGCAUGUAACCUGGAGAUGUGUCUGUCUCUCUAUUACAUACAUCCAAGCUUGAAACACUGUUAAGAGAAGGAAGGCCUUUUCUUUUAUCUUUUAAAUGUUCAGUUUAUACUAGCUCAUAAAGGAUUUCAGACAGAGUAAUUGCUAACCAACAAGGGAAUGACAGCUUUGAUCUACUCAAACGUUUGCUUUUCGUCUUUGCUAUUGACACAGAAAUACUACAAUAUAACAUGCUAGGAAGGAAGUUCGUCUGAGUUUUUUAAAAAACAAAUGAUUCCUAAAUCAUGACAUACUAUGCUUCUUAAGCAUAGAAACACCAGUGCUUUUAAAAACUUGUUUUCAGGGAUUUAAUAUUUUUAAAAAAUCUAUUCUUUUACUUCACUUUCUUUAUAUUUUUACAUCUUGUUUAAUUUCUUACAUACAUCUAAUUUUACUUUACGUAAA